AUGGCCGGAAAGGCCGACCGCAUUCAGGGUGAAGCUACCAGCCUGAUUUACCCUGUAUCGAACCGACACUAUUCGUGGCUCAAGGGCUACAAAGAUGGUGGCAGCGAGGAUGUACCACAGCUAAGUGCUGAGAUGACAGGAAUUCCCAGACUCCGCGCACAUGCACUUUCAAUUGUCGCCAAAGAAGUUUGGACAACUCUCAUGACGCACAUUCGGCACAAGGUUGUUGCUUUCGUCAUGGCACUCAAGGCUUGGGCAAACGCUACCAGAAGAAGCAGUGAUAGCGAAGUCUCGGACGCUCACGAGAAAUACGUUAAGGCCUUGGAGGCUUACCACAAAACAUUGGCAGAGAGAUCAACGACGCUGUUAGCUGCACCCAUGAGAGAAGCUAGCCCUGAGAUGGCUAGGAAGGCGUACGACUUCUUGAGCAAGGAAGUCCGCGGCUGGCACUGGUGCACCAUCAAGGCUUUCGUACGCCGAGGCGGAAAGUACGAGUCCAAGUCUGUAGGCCGUCAUUCUUGGAACGCGAAGAUGAUGCAACCUGCAGUGAACUUCAUGAGCACUGCUUGGGAUGAAUUGGUUUUGGAAGAAGAGACUGCCAUCGAAGCUACUCUGGUUGACAUCUCAAAGGCUCUGUACGACACUCUGGAAGAUGUGAAAGAGCCAAUGGAGCUCAUGCAGAUCCCUGAAGAGCAGUUCCAGAGAUUCCUAGAUGCCCAGAAGCAUGGUAUCCACGACGCCUUUGCCAAAUAUAAGGAAGAAUUCGGCAAAGAGUUUCAGAACGUGAAGUACACAGCGGAGAAGGAUGAUGCUGCAGGCUACUUCGCUAAGGCAAUGCAAGAGAUCUAUGAGAAGGCCGAAAAGAUGAAGGGAACCGGUUACAAAGACGCCGUCAUGACUAAAGUCGAACAGUAUAUCAACUUAGGCUCCAAGGAAUCGCCUUUCACCAAGAUGGCUAGCGCCUCUGCCAACAACGUCUAUCACCAAGCAACUGUCGCCACUAAAGCUUUGACAAAAGACUGCAAUAAGAUCUUCAGACAGAUCUUCGAUCAGUUUGGCUGUAUGCUCGACAACACACCUGACCACGAUGGUUCGGUUGCCGAAGUCAAGGGCAAGCUGGCCACAUACCUCACCGACGCCGAACAGGAAAUGAAGAGCAUGGUCGAGCGUCUCGGCGAGAUUGAAUUGAACCCAUACCCCGAAGGCAUCAAGAAAGAGGAAGAAAUCUCUCCUGCAAAAGGAGUCAAGCAAGAGAAGUCCGUCAAGGCUGAGCCCUCCAGACCCAAAAGAUCCAGCAGGGUCAAGGAUGAGGAAGAGUGA